AUGAUCCUGGCUCUCUUUCUGCGACCUCGACAUGAGAUCAGCAAGCAGGUUAACCCAACGCCUCUCCGUGGAAGCCAUUUAAUGGCUGUCGGACAACAAUUGCCAGAUACGAGAGAGAAUUUAAGCGAAAUAAAUGUGUGGCAGCAAGAGAAGAUGUGGGAGAAGCUGCUCCCGAUGUGCAAGAUGGAGAUCGGCAGGAUGAGGGAGGCGCAGAGAGUCAUAGACGAGAUAUUUGAUGUUGAUGAAGCGUCCAUUUCGCUGUUAGUCUCCAAGCCGCGGACCCCUAAAGCGCAGAAAGAGGAGAAACAAGCAAAAUUUGAUCUGAAUCUAGAGGACGAGGUCGGUAAAGAGGAAUUUCCCCCGUAUGCGGUGAACUGUGGAAAGGGAUUUGAUAUCAUGACUUUGGAGGAAUUGUCUUCUACCGAUGUCGAGUGUGAAUGGGCUGUUCGGAAGAAAGAUGUUGAAAAAUGCUAUGCUGUGGUUCCUCUGCAAGACUUUUGCCAUGUAGAGCAAACCACAGAUAUAGUUUAUACCAUAUCCGAUGAACAAAGGAGUCGCUUCCGUCGUUCUUUAUUAAGUGCUUGUCCUGCUUCUGCUGCUGCUUUGCACGUGAGGGGUCGACGACAUGCCAAUGCGAGCUUUGAUGUCCCAACUACAAGCUUUCAAACUGAAGAUGCCCUUCUGAAUAAGAUUCUAGCAAGAGAUUUGAUUUGGGAGGAGCAGAAGCUCGAGGCGUUGCCAGAGGAGCUUAAAUCCUACUAUAAGGAUAAUGUCCAGGUGUCUAGCCCAAAAGCCUACAACUUAGCCAAGUCCGUUCAACAGCAAAGUUCAACGUGGUUGGCAGAACGGUCUCACCGUAUUACAGGGAGUGUAUGCUAUGAACUUUACACGUACACAAAAAACAAAGCUCCGAAUUGGGAGAAAAAAAUCAAGACGAUGUUAAGCCAAGAAUUUCAAAAUACAGCAAUGGUGUAUGGUACAGAAACUGAAACUGUUGCUAAAGAACAAUAUAUGCUUAAAUGUGGUAUGACGAUAUAUAACUUUGGCUUGUUGGUUGUUCCAACCAUUCCAUGGCUGGGUUUCAGUCCCGAUGGUAUUGCUGUCGAUGGGGACAGUGUAGUGCUGCUUGAAAUAAAGUGCCCUAUUGUAGGUAAAACGACACCCGCUGACGGAUUUGUGCAAAACCUCCCUUACAUUACGGUGAAUGAACAGUCCGACUUGUGCUUAAAAAAAAAAACACAGGUAUUACGGCCAAGUGCAACUUGGCAUGCUAUUAACCGGUGCAGACAAGUGUCAUUUUGUUGUGUUUGCGUCUUAUGACAAUUCUUUCAUUAAGAUCAUUGUGCCCUUUUGCAAAA